CUCCCCCCCAUUCUCCUAUUGUUCCUCCCCCUCCCCCGCCCUUCUCUCCUUGCUGUAGCUGUUGAAGGAUCGACCUUUUCUUCUUCACUCAUAUUUUCACCUGAUCCGCCAAUUCCCUCAUACCCGACACCUUCGUUCCGCGACCUGAUAGUAAGGGGGAGUGUGCGUGUACUCCACAUCAUCCGUCAUGGCUUCCCAAACUCCGGCCGUUGUCAUGGACAACGGAACUGGUUACUCCAAGCUUGGUUUCGCCGGUAACGAUUCACCAUCCUUCGUCUUUCCCACCGCAAUUGCAACCAAAGCUGGCGCCGGAAGUGCUGCAGGCUCUGGCCCCGGCCGCCCGCCCGUCGCAAAUAAGCCUUCUUUCCUGGCCGGUGGUGCUGGGGCGAGCUCUCACCUGUCCGGGAAGCGUGGUACGGAGGAUCUGGACUUCUUCAUUGGCGACGAAGCUCUGGCAGCAGCCAACGGUCCCGGCUAUGGGAUCAACUACCCCAUCCGUCAUGGUCAGAUUGAGAAUUGGGAUCACAUGGAGCGAUUCUGGUCCAAUUCCAUCUUCAAGUACCUGCGCGUAGAGCCUGAGGACCACUACUUCCUCCUCACUGAACCCCCCUUGAACCCUCCCGAGAACCGUGAGAACACGGCCGAAAUCAUGUUCGAGUCGUUCAACUGCGCCGGUCUCUACAUCGCCGUCCAAGCCGUGCUGGCUCUCGCUGCUUCCUGGACCUCGUCGAAGGUUACCGACCGAUCGCUCACCGGUACGGUCAUUGACUCGGGUGAUGGUGUCACGCAUGUUAUCCCCGUCGCAGAGGGCUACGUCAUCGGAUCAUCGAUCAAGAGCAUUCCCAUCGCCGGUCGCGAUAUCACCUACUUUGUCCAGAGUCUGCUUCGUGACCGCGGCGAGCCGGACAGCAGCUUGAAGACGGCCGAGAAGGUCAAGGAGGAAUACUGCUACGUGUCUCCCGACAUUGUGAAGGAGUUUGCCCGCUACGACCGGGAGCCCGACCGCUUCCUCAAGCACACCGUGACCGCCCCGAACGGCCGGAGCGUGAGCAUCGACGUCGGCUACGAGCGCUUCCUGGCCCCCGAGAUCUUCUUCAACCCGGAGAUCUAUUCGUCCGACUUCCUGACCCCCCUGCCCAACGUUGUCGACGGCGUGAUCCAGUCCUCCCCGAUCGACGUCCGGAGAGGUCUCUACAAGAACAUCGUCCUAUCCGGCGGCUCCACUCUGUACAAGGACUUCGGCCGUCGCCUACAGCGUGAUAUCCGACACCUGGUAGACGCUCGCAUUCGCGCCUCGGAGGCCCGCAGCGGCGGCGCGCGGAGCGGCGGUCUGGACGUGGCCGUCGUCACGCACAAGCGACAGCGCCACGGUCCGUGGUUCGGAGGUAGCUUGCUUGGCCAGACGCCUGAGUUCCGCAGCUACUGCCACACCAAGGCCGAGUACGACGAGAUCGGCCCUAGCAUCGUCCGCCGGUUCGCUCUGCUGGGUGGGCCCGGUAGUUCAUAGAUGGGCUUUUCGUGUCUGUGCUGUGUGUGAUUGGCGUGUGAGAUAUAUCGUGCUUGUUCUGCUUUUUGUCCAUAGUCUUCUUUCUCUCUAUCUUCGGAUUGUUCAGAACAUUUUCUCUUCUGGAAGGAAAAGAGCCCAUAGUAAAUCUUCGGUUUCGUCUUCCUUGCCCUUCAUUCACAUGUUCACAGACUGCAAUGCUCAGGCUCGGGGCUCCGGCCCGGCCCUCCACCAACCAAUGUAUAUAAUAUGAAUGCAAAU